GUUUUACUUCCAGUCACGCGCCAGUCUCCGAUGAAACGGCUGCGAGGGCACAUUACGGCGCGCGCGCAUUCGCCUUUCGAAACCACAUAUUUUCUAAAGUGUUACAAGUGUCGUGACUUUGUGAAACAACGAUAUUGUUUGUAAAUAUUAUUUUUUAUGAUCUACAGUGGCAAUGUGUGACUAAAUUUAUUGUGGAUUAAAAUCUAUCUUGGAUUGCGAUUACAUUUUUCGGUAAUACCAUGAGGCGCGCAAUGCGAUGAACCAGGUGGUGGUGGCGUUGGCGUUGCUCGUGACGGCGACGCGCGCGCAGCUCCGACCGGCCGACGCGCCGCCUGCCAUAAACGAUACACGAUGCGGUGCGGAGUGCGUGCGCUGCGCUGCGGAUGGGUGCGUCAAGUGCGCCCGUUUACUCGUCUGGCCUGGGGGCUCGUGCGCGCACGACUGCCCCGCCGGCACUCGCGAGUCCUGGGCUCACGAUGAGCAUCUCAUGGGCCGCGUGUGUUAUCCUGUCCACACUUAUAAUGAAGUGUUGGUAGGCGGCGCGUGCGGUGCAAUCAUAUGUAUAGCUUUAGUAGCUGCUAUAGCCGCGUACGUACGAUGUCGGAGUCAUGCACGAACGCAGGCUCAACCUUUACCACAACCAAACCAGGAUGAUGACGCACAGCUUCGAGAAUUUCACAAACAGCUUGAUUGUUUAAGACCACAUGCAUACACUUUGCUGGCAAUAUUAAAUCAUACAAGAAAUCAAGUGCGAGAACUCUAUCAGCUUGGAAACAAUGACGCUGCUAUGGCUUAUAGCUGUGUGCUGAGUGACUUAGCGAAGCUGCUAAUACUUCUGAACAAACAACAAGUGCCCGUGGUCCCGGAUGAAUGGCAAAGGCUAGCCAGUUGGGCUGAAAGAAUUUUAAAACGCUAUCGACGAGUAAGUUUGGGCCAACAACAGCAAGAACAAUUGGUGAACUUUCUACCAUCCCCACCGAGUCAAGGAUCCGAUUCCGAAACUACUCAACAAUCUUUCACCACAUUUAAACCACCGUCAUACUCGCCGUCUUCAUAUGAAAGCCACAUACUAGACAAAGAUUUAGAAAACCAGUGUGAAUGGAGUGAUGUGGGAAGACCGCCUAGCUAUUCCCAAAUAGAGAGAGAAAGCGAAACUAUCGUCCUCUCAGAUCCUUGGGAGAGGCGCCCGAUAGUUAGACGAGAAAGUGUGUGGUUAGAGGACGAACUCUUCGAAAUGACAAGGCGUCCUCAAGAUGAACUUACCACGGAACUAUAAACUUAGUUUAAAUUACGCAAAUGCGACAAGUACAAAUCUCACUAGAAUAUUCUUUUAAUUUAAUAACAUAAACUUUAAAAUAGAACCUAAUUGAAUGAGGUGCUUUUGUUUAGAAUAGAAGAAGUGCACCAACUCUAAAUAAAUACAUAGUAAAUAAAUAUUUUAGGAAAGCGCCACUAAAAGUUUCAAUAUUGUUUAAUUUUAGAAUAAUAUUUUUUACCAUACCUUUUAACUAAAGAAAUGUCUAAAAAUGUCUAAAUAAAAGUAAGCGAAUGCAAUACAUAUAUCAUCAAAAGUUUUAAUUAGAUCUGUUUUUUAUAUUAUUGGUUUAAUAAAUACAUAAUUAAAGCACAACCAAAGUAGGUAAUUAUAAAAUAGGAGUCUAGUCUGUUUUGAAAUUUAAUAUAUUUUUUAUAUGUUCUCAUUUUAUAAACAAGCAAUGCACUAAUAAUAAUUCUUACUCAAAAAGAAACAGAUAUUUUAUAAACAUCUGUUUAUAAACAUAUCUUUUAUACUUUCACUUAUUUUAAACACAACUUUUAUUGUUUAAAUCACUUAUAUGUAUUUGAGUUUUCAACUAUUUUUUUAUAUUAAUAUAUAGCUUUAUUCUGCAAUAUUAUAUACCACCGCAAUGAUAUUAUUUUUAUUCAGGGAAAAGUUGAAUAUUAAUGAAAAAGUAAUAAGUAUUGUUUACAUAAUUUAUAGUUUAUUGCAUGCUUUGUUUACCAAAACACAUACAUAAUAAGAUUUACUUUUAGCUGUAAUUUGGUCAAAGCACUAUUACUUGGCAAUAUAAGCGAAUUGGAUUCAAAUAGCCAUCUUAAAAAAAGGGUAAAAACAACGGCUUAGAGUUAGAUAUAAUCUAUGUAUAAUGUUUAAUGUUGAUAUGUUUGUGAAGUUUCAUGUUUGUUAAUAAAAAAAUGAGUGUA